UCUGUGGACAUUAUAUUGUUUGUGGAAAGUGUGUUGUGCCGGGAAGGAAGUGUUCCGUAAAACAUUGGAAACGGAAACGAACGUGUUUUUAUUAGUAAACGUUGUUCUCGAUUUUUAUGGGUUUCUGUUAGUAACAAAAUAAAAAAUGGAUGCUGAUCUGUAUGAUGAAUUUGGGAAUUACAUUGGUCCUGAAUUGGAGUCUGACGAAGAGGAAGAAGAAGGGUAUGGAGAGCAGAACGAUGCCCAAGAGUACGAUGAAGAUAUGGACAAUGAAAGGGAAGACGACAUUGACCAGGCUCCAAUGGCUGUUGUUCUACAUGAAGAUAAACGAUACUACCCGGCUGCUUUAGAAGUCUUUGGUCCGGAUGUAGAAACAAUUGUACAGGAAGAAGACAACCAGCCACUUGAUACUCCUCUGAUUGCUCCCAUUAAGAAAAAGAAAUUUCAGCUUAAGGAACAGGAAUUGCCAGAAACAGUGUAUAACAUGGAAUUCCUAGCAGAUUUAAUGGACACUUCUAGCCUUAUUAGAAACGUGGCUUUGAUCGGACACUUGCAUCAUGGGAAAACAACAUUUGUUGAUUGUUUGAUACAGCAAACACACCCAGGCAUGAGAACGCUCGAAGAAAAGAAUUUGCGAUAUACAGAUACAUUGUUCACAGAACAAGAACGUGGCGUAGGCAUAAAAGCGAUGCCCGUAACAUUGGUACUUCCAAAUAUCAAGAAUAAAUCAUAUCUCGUAAAUGUGUAUGACACGCCAGGGCACGUGAACUUUUCGGACGAAGUGACGGCCGCUCAGCGGUUGUGUGAUGGUGUGGUGCUGUUUGUGGACGCUGCCGAGGGUGUCAUGCUCAACACAGAGCGCCUCUUAAAGCACGCAGUGCAAGAGAAACUUGCAAUAACUGUAUGUAUUAACAAGAUAGAUAGGUUAAUGCUUGAAUUGAAACUUCCUCCACAGGACGCAUAUUAUAAACUACGCCACAUAGUUGAUGAAGUAAAUGGUUUGCUGGCCUUGUACUGUGAAGAUGGAAAUCCAGUUGUUGUUUCUCCCAUAUUAGGGAAUGUCUGUUUUGCCAGUUCACAAUACUCUGUCUGCUUUACCCUGAAAUCUUUCGCAAAUAUAUAUGCACAGACUUACCCGAAUGUCAAUAUCACAGAAUUUGCCCGUCGCUUGUGGGGAGACAUUUAUUUCAAUAGUAAAAGCAGACGAUUUACCAAAAAAGCUCCUCAUAAUUCAUCACAACGUAGCUUUGUUGAAUUUAUUCUGGAACCACUUUAUAAAAUAUUUGCACAAGUUGUUGGUGAUGUUGAUACUACCCUGCCAAAUGUACUAGACGAGUUAAAUAUUAGACUUACAAAAGAGGAGAUGAAAAUUAACAUUAGACCUCUUUUGAGGUUAAUAUGUAAUAGAUUUCUGGGUGAUUUCAGUGGAUUUGUGGAAAUGUGUGUAGAGCACAUACCUGCACCAUUAGAAAAUGCUCCAGCUAAAGUGAAGCAUAUCUACACAGGACCUUUAGAUACAAGUUUAGCAGAAGACAUGUGCAGUUGUAAUCCUGAUGGACACUUAAUGGUGUAUAGUACAAAAAUGUACCCUACAGAUGAUUGUACAUUUUUCCAGGUUAUGGCACGUGUAAUGAGUGGUACUCUUCAGGCUGGGCAAGAAGUACGUGUUCUUGGAGAAAAUUACACACUUACUGAUGAGGAAGAUUCAAGAAUUCUAACAAUUGGUCGUUUGUGGAUCUUUGAGGCGAGAUAUAAAGUGGAAUUAAAUCGUAUUCCAGCCGGUAAUUGGGUGCUUAUUGAAGGCAUAGACCAGCCUAUAGUCAAAACAGCUACAAUUACUGAUCUCAGUAUCACUGAUGAUGUUUACAUCUUUCGUCCACUGAAGUUCAAUACUCAGUCAGUGAUCAAAAUUGCUGUUGAACCUGUAAAUCCUUCUGAACUACCAAAAAUGCUGGAUGGUUUAAGAAAAGUUAACAAAUCUUAUCCACUUUUGACAACAAGAGUUGAAGAGUCAGGUGAACAUGUGGUACUGGGGACUGGGGAAUUGUAUCUUGACUGUGUCAUGCAUGACCUGCGAAAAAUGUACUCUGAAAUUGAUAUUAAAGUUGCAGACCCAGUUGUUGCAUUUUGCGAGACAGUUGUUGAGACUUCUUCAUUGAAAUGUUUUGCUGAAACUCCAAACAAGAAGAAUAAAAUAACUAUGAUUGCUGAACCGUUAGAAAAGGGGUUGGCAGAAGAUAUAGAAAAUGAAGUGGUUCAGAUUUCAUGGAACAAGAGAAGAUUAGCUGAGUUUUUUCAGACAAAAUAUGACUGGGAUCUUUUGGCUGCUCGAUCUAUUUGGGCUUUUGGGCCAGAUCCAAUUGGUCCAAACAUUCUAGUGGAUGAUACUUUACCAUCAGAAGUUGACAAAGGCCUCUUAAAUUCUGUAAAGGAUUCUAUUGUUCAAGGUUUUCAGUGGGGCACUAGAGAGGGCCCGUUGUGUGAAGAACCUAUUCGUAAUGUUAAAUUCAAAAUUCUGGAUGCAGUUAUUGCACAAGAACCCUUGCACCGUGGUGGCGGGCAGAUAAUACCUACUGCGCGCAGGGUGGCAUACUCAGCCUUUUUGAUGGCAACACCUCGUUUAAUGGAGCCGUAUCUCUUUGUAGAGGUUCAGGCUCCUGCAGACUGUGUCUCAGCAGUUUACACAGUACUAGCAAAGCGCAGGGGACAUGUUACGCAGGAUGCCCCUGUUCCAGGAUCCCCUUUGUAUACAAUAAAGGCAUUUAUACCAGCUAUUGAUUCAUUUGGCUUUGAGACAGAUCUUCGAACGCACACACAAGGGCAGGCAUUUUGUUUGUCAGUUUUUCAUCACUGGCAGAUUGUUCCUGGUGAUCCCCUUGAUAAAAGUAUUGUCAUACGUCCUUUGGAGCCACAGCCUGCCACACAUUUGGCAAGAGAGUUCAUGAUAAAAACACGUCGUCGUAAAGGUUUGAGUGAAGAUGUAUCGAUUAAUAAAUUUUUUGAUGAUCCUAUGUUGCUUGAACUUGCACGGCAAGAUGUCAUGUUGAACUAUCCACUGUAAGCUUGUUCAUGAGUGUUAACUAUUCUAUUGUUCAUUCCUUUGUAUAUGACUUUCUGUGUUAAAGUUACAAUAGGUGUGAUAUCAAAUGUAGAAUGUUAUUUCUGUAUGUAUUGUGUGUAAGCAACACAGACAGAUAUACACAUAUGGUUUUAAUUGCAUUUUUCAUAGCAGGUUACCAGUAGAUGUAAUCAUCAGAAUACAUACCAGACGUUUGUUUAUUGUGUAGUUUGACUGUACCUUGAUUUGGUUAACUUUAAUGAAAAGUGCAUUUAAUAUGGAGUGAAUAUUGAUCUCAAAAUAUUCUUAUUUCAUGUCCAGAUGUAAUGAUUUCACCAUUGCAACCAAAUUUAUCUUCCUACCUAACCUAGACCUCAGGCCACUCUACAGAUCAUAUUGUCACUACAGUCAAGAGUUUGAGGGACACGGAUACAACACUAUCACACACUAAAUGAGUUAUUUUUCUAUCAGAAAUUGCUAUUCCACUUUGAAGCUUGAGCAUUGUAUAUUAGAUAUGUUUUAUAUUCUCUGUUACACUGUUUCAGAGUCUUUGCAGUGUUGCAUUCUGUGUAAGAUGUUUGUUGUACAUCAGAUUAUCCAGUACAUUGUAAAUAUUUCUGUGUUACUUUUUGUAAAUACUUUUUUGUAUGACCAUUUGUAUUACAUACAAUAUUUGUCACUGA